AUGGCUGCCAAAAGAGAUGUUAGUUUCGUGGUACAAAAGAUAAGAGAUUUUUUUUUAAAAAAAAAGAAUGUCAACGCUCUUAGAUUUCGUGAUGAAUUAUCAAGCAGAACACAACCGCCUCCAAUUUUACCAGACGGCCCUAAUCACAAAUUAGAUUCUAGAAGAGAAGUUACUCCUAAUUGUAUUAUUUAUGAAGGAUGUUCUGUACCUAAAUUAGAAGAACAAACUAAAAAGCUGGAAUGUGGUAAAAAUGCUGUUCCUGGUAAAGUUUACCUUUGGGAUUCAUGA